CCCACCAUGGCGGAAUUUGUACGAGUUGACAGCAGCACAAGUAGCCAUACCAUGGAUAAAAGCAUAAUUCUUCCUCCAGACGAAAUAUUCCGUAAUUUGGAGAACGCAAAGCGAUUCGCGAUAGACAUAGGUGGGUCUCUCACAAAGCUUGCCUACUACUCCACUGUGCAACACAAGGUAGCCAAAGUACGAUCUUUCGACCACACUUCAAAGGAGGCCACCAAUGACAAUCUGUAUGAAAUAUCCGUGCAGGAAGAGGUCACUGCACGCCUGCACUUCAUCAAGUUUGAAAAUGCCUACAUUGAAACAUGUUUGGACUUCAUCAAAGACCACCUGGUCAACACGGACACCAAAGUUAUCAAAGCCACAGGUGGAGGCGCACACAAGUUUAAAGAACUCAUUGAGAGGAAACUUGGACUCAAAGUGGACAAAGAGGACGAGAUGACGUGCCUCAUCAAGGGCUGUAACUUCGUGCUGAGGAACAUUCCUCAUGAGGCGUUUGUGUUCGCCAAGCACACAGAGUCAGAGUACCGCUUUCAGACAACCCAACCUGACAUCUUCCCCUACCUGCUCGUAAACAUCGGCUCGGGGGUGUCCAUAGUCAAGGUUGAAUCAGAGGACAAAUUUGAGCGAAUAGGAGGAAGCUCUAUAGGUGGAGGCACAUUCUGGGGGCUUGGAGCCUUGCUGACCAAAACAAAGGGAUUCGAUGAGUUGCUACAGUUGGCCUCCAAAGGGCAGCACACGAGCGUAGAUAUGCUCGUCAAAGAUAUCUACGGAGGAUCUUAUGGGUCUUUGGGUUUGACUGGAGAUCUAAUCGCGAGCAGUUUUGGAAAGUCUGCUACUGCUGACAAAGAGUUCUCUAAAGAAGAUAUGGCCAAGAGCUUACUCCAUAUGAUAAGCAACGACAUCGGGCAGCUGGCCUGUCUGUAUGCAAAGAUGCACAACCUGUCGCGAGUGUACUUCGGAGGCUUCUUCAUCAGAGGACACCCAGUCACCAUGCACACAAUCACCUACAGCAUCAACUUCUUCACCAAGGGUGAAGUUCAGGCCUUGUUCCUCAGACAUGAAGGCUAUCUCGGAGCCAUUGGAGCUUUUCUUAAAGGAGCAGAGGAGGACAAUCCAAACCAGUACAGUUGGGGAGAGAAUUAUGCGGGGAGCUCGGGCCUGAUGAGUGUCUCUCCUGAUAUGAAUCCCAUGCAGCGUGCACGCAGUGGAACGUUUCCCUUUGACAUGUUGGAGAUGGACCGCCUGGAGAGGAAGCUGGUGAAUCUGCCGCUGCUGCAGGACGCUUCGUCUUACAUCCCCGACACGGUGGACCUCAUAGAGGACGCUCCGGCCCGCGAGUACUGGCUCUUCUGCUUCGAGGAGGCCCUGGACGGGGUGGUGAAGAGAGCUGUAGCGAGCCAGCCCGACAUGCCGGAGGCAGCGGAGCGAGCAGAGAAGUUCCGUCAGAAAUACAGACACAAGCUGCAGACGCUCCGCCACCAGCCUUUUGCUUACGGAUCCCUCACUGUCAGAAGUCUGUUAGACACGAGGGAACACUGUUUAAAUGAGUUCAACUUUCCUGAUCCCUACUGCAAGAUCAAACAGCAGGAGAACGACAUGGCUCUGAAGUACUACCAGAAGGCGGUGAAGGCUCUCGAUGGGCUGUGCUGGGAGCAGAGGCAGUUCGCUUUGGUGAGGGGCGUCCUGGCCGGGAACGUGUUCGACUGGGGAGCCAAGGCCGUGUCAGACGUCCUCGAAUCUGAUCCAGAGUUUGGGUUUGAACAGGCUAAACGGCAGUUGGAAGAGCGGCCAUGGCUUGUUGAUUCCUACGACCAGUGGUUUGAGAGACUUAAGGGUCCUCCUCAUAAGUGUGCCUUGUUUUUCGUAGAUAAUAGUGGCGUAGACAUCAUUCUAGGUGUGAUGCCUUUUGUCAGAGAGCUUCUCUCUCGAGGAACAGAGGUUGUUUUGGCCAGCAACUCUGGUCCGGCGUUAAAUGACGUAACGAACGGUGAACUGCAGAUAUUGACCGAAAGCAUCGCUGCCAUGGAUCCAGUCAUUCAGUCCAGUCUGGAGGAGGACAGGUUGAUCUUGGUGCAGAGCGGCUCCAGCUCCCCCUGCCUGGAUCUGAGCCGUCUGGACAAAGUGCUGGCGAUGGUGGUGCGGGAGCGGAACAUCGACCUGGUCAUCAUCGAAGGAAUGGGCCGAGCCAUUCACACCAACUACUACGCCAUGCUCAGCUGCGAGAGCCUCAAGAUGGCCGUCAUCAAGAACUCGUGGCUCGCCGACCGCCUGGGAGGGAAGCUGUUCAGCGUUGUGUUCAAGUACGAGGUACCGAUAACAGACCACCUCUCUGCGGCGCUCACCCCCUAAUGCGAGCAGAGGUCGAGCAACCAGCUCCGAAUGUAAAGGUGAUUGUCGUAAACUUCCACUAAGUGAAUGACUGAUUGGAAGACUAAUUGUAAAAUAGAGGCGAGUUUUAAAGGUGAUCAUUAACUGGGACGUUUUACAUUUCAUUGUUGUUGAUUAAAGUGCUGGUGUCAACAUGCUUGCAUUGUUGCACUGUCCAAUAUCCUGUGAUUCACUUAGUUUGCUCCCAUCACUGCUGCCUAUCGAUCCAGUUCAGCGUCUGGAGUGUGUUCAUGUGAAAUCAUCUCGGACCGUGUUCCGUAGCAGACUGUUAUGACAGAUAAAGAUCUCCAGCUCGUGGAAAAAAUCAAUGACAACAUGCGUUUAAUUUUGCAUCUGCCAUUGACAUGCUGCCAAAACACUUCACUGUGUGCAGACUUAUGAGAUUCUUCGGGCGCUGUGUGUUCGAGGAGGGAGCCGCAGGAGUAAUCACAGCUCUCAGCGUUAACACUUCUCACAUAAAGUGUAUUUAAUGUGCCUUGAGGCUGGUGUGUUAAAAUAAUAGUUUACUCGCAUUGCUUUUAAUUCCUGUUGGAGGUCAAAUAUAGCAGAAAUAUCUCAUACACGUCGUCAUAGACUUGGAAGAAUAUGCUGGCUUUUUUAUUAUUUGUAUUACUGCCAGUGAAUUAAUUGAGAUUAAAUGACGUGAAAGAAGCAACACGUUGUCACAUAGACAUUGAAUCGUGUUCCUCCACAAGGUGUCAGUAUUCUACUGUGACAUAUUUUAUUUUUUUAUGAUUUCUCAAAUCUUUAGCAAGGUGAUCGGUGUGAAAAUGAACACUACAUAUUUCAGGGUUACUGUAACCGUCUCUGAUUAAAGCCUCACAUGAUGUCACAGAUUUGACCAUGGGUUGACUGUAGUUAACAAGUUUGCUGUAAUCCAUCCCUGAAAUCAAAAUUGAAUUGUUUUAAGGCAUUCCACAGCACCUUGUUGCAAAAAAAGUGUAAUUGUGAUGCGGCUAACUGUAUAGUCUCUUUAAUACCAGAAAUGAAGGCGGCAUCAGAUUUUAUUUCUUCAAGUAACAGCUGCUUGACAUGUGGACUCACAUUGCAAUACUGUAUUUGUGAUAUACAAGUGAUUGUGUAUAUACAUAAAUAUAUAUAAAUGAAUUUGCAUCAUUUCUGUUGAGCUCACCAAGCACACUUCUGUGUUCUCUCCUGACAAUCUGUUUUAAUUAAACGGUGAAAACCUGUA